CCCUAUAUUCACUGACACACAAUGGAAAUAGGAGAAGAAAGCUAUGAUGUUAUUGUUGUUGGUUCUGGUUAUGGAGGCUCAGUAGUUGCAUGCAGGUUAUCAAUGGCAGGCGCAAAGGUCUGUCUCAUUGAGAAAGGGAAGCAAUGGAGCGCUCAGGACUUUCCCACAAACAGUUUAAGUAUAUUGGCUGCAACAAAGAUGGAGUUUAGUAAAUGGGGAUUUGGCUUUGGCUCAGACAAAGCACUCUUUCAGGUAUAUGAACAAGGUGAUACAUUGUGUUGCGUGGCUUGUGGACUUGGAGGAGGUUCUCUUGUAAAUGCAGCAGUUCUGACAGCAACACCGGUUCGAGCAAGGAGAAAUCCAAGAUGGCCAGAAGAAUGGAACAAUGAUUGGGAGAGCUGUCAAGCAACUGCUUCAGCUAUGUUAGGAUCAAACAGCAUUCCUUCAGAGUUUUCUAGUGCUAAAGUCAUGAAGCAAGUAGCUGAAGAAGAAAUUGAAAAUUUCAGAGCAGAUAAAAUAGAACUUGGUAUAAAUUUUGGUCAGGAGUUAAAACAUCAAACAAAGGGAGGUCAAGAGAUAGGAAGUUGUGUGGCAUGUGGAAAUUGUUUAUCUGGGUGCCCAUACAAUGCAAAAAACUCCAAUGACAAGACUUACAUAACUUCAGCUAUUCAGGCUGGAUGUGUAGUUAAAACAGAAUGUGAAAUCAUUUAUAUUAUAAAAACAGAUGCUCAAGGAGAUGGUGAAGAAAAUAGGUGUAACAGCAUAAAAGAGAAUAGAAGAUGGAAAGUACACUUUGAUAAUCUUGAACAUGUAUCGGCAGAUUUUGUGAUUCUCUCAGCUGGAGUUUUAGGCACAACAAAAAUUUUGUUUGAUUCUGAGAGGAGGGGAUUGAGUCUUUCACCGAUGCUUGGCUAUGGCUUUAGCUGUAAUGGAAACAAUGUAGCCUAUGUUGCUGGAAGCCAAGCACCAUUGAAUGCUUAUGGUUUAAACAAAAGGCAAUUCACAACAAUUCCAUUGCAAGAUCGUCCAGGGCCAACAAUCACUUCAUCAUAUACUUCUUCACUAGGCUUCACAAUACAGGCUGCAGUCCUGCCAACAUCAUACCCUUAUAUGCUGUUCAAAGGGAUAGCAACCUAUGGGUGGCCAAAUGGUUGUUGGUUUCUGCAUGGGUUGAUUGACAAGAUGAAGCAUUUGAUGGGAUUAAAAGCUAGCCAAGCCAUGGUGCUGAAUGUAAUGGGAUAUGAUUCAUGCGAUGGAAGAAUAACUUUUGAUAAAGAGACGAAUAAGAUCAGAUUCACACAAGCACAUGAUCCUUUACUUCUGCGAAAAAUUCAGGCACUUCAAAGCAUUUCUAAGAAGCUAGGCGGGAUAUUGUUCAUGUCAAGGUAUAGGAGCACAUCAGUUCAUCUUUUAGGUGGAUGCAAUGCAGCUUUAGAUCCUUCAAAUGGUGUUUGCAAUCCUAAAGGUCAAGUGUUUGAUAUGAGCGGUGAUCAACCUGCAGUACAUAAGGGCCUAUAUGUAUGUGAUGCCUCUCUAAUUCCAUGUUCAAUAGGUAUAAACCCAAUUCUCACAAUUACUACAGCAUCUGAGUACAUAAGCAAGCACUUAGUAAAGGAGGUCCAGAAUUUUAGAAACCAAUUUCGGCGGAAUGAAGUUAUUAUGACAACAAGAUUAGCAGAAGAAAUUUGUGAUAGCACAAUGCAUUCAGAGAAAUCAGUUAGAUUACAAUCUCAUAGUGGAGUUCAAAUAAUGAAGGACAAAGAGAAUGUCACCUUCAAAGAAACAUUAAAAGGUUUCAUUGGCGGAAUGCCUUGCACAGCUUAUCUUGCAGUGAAAAUGAACUCAGGGUGUAAGAUAACCUUUUCACAUCCACUUCUUAAAGGAAAGGUUGGUGGAUAUGUUCUAUUCCAAGCAAUAAGCAAGGAACCAUUAUAUAUUAUAGAUGGAGAAAUAGACCUUCUUGCACUAAAUGAUAGAACUCCGUAUACACAGUACAUGCACUAUAGGCUAAUCUUAGCAUCACAGUCAGGCUCAAGGUAUCUAAUGGAGGGAAAGAAGGUGAUGAAUCCUUAUAUUAUGGCCACAUAUGCUUGGAAAGAGUCCAGGACCUUGCAUGUGAAUUUUAGAGGACUAAGUGAAAAGGAUGAUAACCAGUCCAAAGUAUAUGGAGAUAUUGAACAAAAAGUUGAUCUAAGGGGAGAACUUCAUUUGUCAGUAGUUGAGCUUCUUAAGAGCUUGAUAAGCAUGAGAGGGAAUCGAAAAAGAAGAUUUAUAUACCUUCUUUUGCAAAGCCUCUGGAGAACAUACAUAUCGCAAGUCCCUCGAGAAGUUGAACCAAGACUUACAAGUUUUGACAAGGAUACCAAGACAUAUCCACCUAGCACUCUUCAUGAACUGAAAACAGGAGAUGGCCAUUUCAUCAGUUGCCAGCAGUGGAAAUCAGGGGAUGUUAAUACAUGGAAAUCUGAAGGGCAAAGGUAUCCAAUUCUUUUGCUCAAUGGUUAUUCAGGUGAGAGCUUUUGCCUACCAACUGAACCAACAGAUUUAGUAAGAACAUUAGUUGAACAAGGAUAUGAGACAUGGAGCCUUCAAUCAAGAGUUCAUCCCAAGCAUGCCUCAAACAACUUCACAAUUGAAGACAUUGCAAAAUUUGACAUUCCUGCAGUAAUUACUAAAAUUCAAGAGCUGCAUGGUCAGAAUACGAAAAAUUCAUGUGAUAGCACAUUGUGUUGGAGGCUUAUCAAUUCAUAUUGCUCUAUUAGGAGGCUAUGUCUCUGCAGCUCAUAUAGCAUCUCUCUCUUGUGUCAACGCCUCCAUGUUUUACAAGCUAACAAAAUCAGCCCUUGUUAAGAUGAAGCUUCCUCUCAUUCCAAUGAGCAUGGCUAUUCUGGGUAAGAACAAAAUAAUAUCUAUGCUUGAGGAGCCUACUGAGAGCUUUGGACACUUGUUAGUGAAGUCAAUCGUGAGGUUAAUACCACGACAUGAACGUUGCACC